CUCUCAUUGCUCCAUCACUCUGCUCAUUUCUCGUGAAGCUUUUCACUGUUACACAUUACAUCACAAAGCUUUCACCUUUUGUUAACACUCUUCAAAACCAAACUCCCACAUAAACUCUCUCUCUCUGACAUAGCACAAAACACCUGACCUGUGAUAGCAUUUUCCCCUCAAACGUUGUACAAUCUUCUUUCAUCAUCUUCAUUUUCUUUUCUUGUCCAAGGAAAGAAACAAUCCCCUUCUUUCCUCUUUUUCCUCUCUGUAAACCUUGUUCUCCAGCAUUUAUGGUUUUGAGCUUUUGUUCUUUUCUACCAAAAUUGCUGUAUUUCCAGUUCAUGCUGCAUUUCUGGGACUGAGUUUUUUUUUUUUUAAUGUCUGUAUGUGGUCUCUGAAUUUGAUCAAGAAUUCCUGAAAUCGCGUUUUACUCCUCUCUCCAGACCUUUGCUCUCUCUGGGCUUUUGUUCUUGUCCACAAAGACUGUUGCUUUUUGUUUUUUUUAGACUUUUAGUUGUUUUUGGGCUGAUUUUUAUGCCUUUUUUGGUGUCUGUGUGUUGAUUGAGAAUUUCUUGAAGGUACACUUUUCUGCUCGAGUUAAUAGGAAAGUGCUUGCUUUUAGAGCGAGUUCCUUCAUUUUCAACAACUUUGAGAUGGGCCAUUUUGAAAAGGUGAAAGUUCUUGGGGUUUUUGUACUUGAUGGUUUUUCUUGGUUCAAUUUUACUGAAAAUCUCAGUAGUUUUUAAUAUAUUCUUUGAGCUAUAAUCUAUGAGUGGCAUUCCCACAUUUGGAAUGGUAGAUGCUCCUGUUUUUCAGUAAAAAUUUCACAAAGAAUUGAUAUUUCAAUUGCCCCUUUUGGGCUCUCCCAAGAAGAUAACAAGACACCUGCAGUUCCUUCUUUUUCCCCCAAUUGGAGGCAACCCAAAAAUGCCAUUUUUGAGUUUGUUGAGUAUUUUACUCUUUGGGUUGCUCUCGUGGUCUCAACUUGUGAUUACUCAGUUGUUGAAUGAUCAGACUACGCUGGUAGAAAUUGGGAAAGAGCUUAAAAUAUCUGGCUGGAAUGUUAAUAGCUCAGAGUAUUGCAGUUGGCCUGGCGUUUCUUGCAGCUCCAAGAAUUCAUCUGUUGAGAGGCUUGAUCUUUCUAGUCAUGGGCUGCAAGGUAAUCUCAGUCUGAUAUCUGAGCUCAAAUCCCUCAAGUGGCUUGAUCUUUCAUUCAACAAAUUCCACGGCAUAAUUCCAUCUGCUUUUGGGAACUUAUCUGAGCUUGAGUUUCUUGAUUUAUCAUUUAACAACUUCGGAGGCUCAAUCCCUCUGGAGUUGGCCAGGCUCAGGAAUCUAAGAGCUCUGAAUCUUUCCAAUAACUUGCUCAUGGGUGUGAUUCCUGAUGAGCUUGAGGAGUUGGAGAAGUUGCAGGAUUUGCAGUUGUUUACGAAUAGAUUGAAUGGUUCUAUCCCUCCGCAGGUUGGUAAUUUAACUAAUCUGAAAGUGUUUACUGCCUAUGAAAAUGAGUUGAGUGGUGUUAUUCCUGAUAAGUUGGGAUUACUCUCUGAGCUUCAGUUGUUGAACCUUCACUCAAAUAAAUUGGAGGGAUCAAUCCCUGAGAGCAUUUUCAAUAUGGAGAAGCUGGAAACUUUGGUUCUGACUCAGAAUAGAUUGACUGGCUAUAUUCCUGAAUCAAUUGGGAAAUGCAAAGGCCUUUCAAGUAUUAGGAUUGGCAAUAACAAUUUGAUUGGAGGCAUUCCUAGAGAAAUCGGUAAUAUUAGUAGCCUCACUUACUUUGAAGCAAACAAUAACAAUCUCUCUGGGGAGAUUGUGACAGAAUUCUCAAGAUGCUCGAAUCUCACUCUCCUUAAUUUAGCUUCAAACGGGUUCACAGGAACUGUCCCGUUGGAGUUUGGCUUGCUCAGUAAUCUGCAGGAGUUGAUUGUUUCUGGGAACAGUCUGUUUGGAGACAUUCCCACAUCAAUUCUGAGGAGCAAAACUUUGAACAAGCUUGAUUUGAGUAAUAAUAGAUUCAACGGCACCAUACCACAGAGUAUCUGCACGACAACUAGAUUGCAGUACCUGCUGUUGGGUCAGAAUUCAAUAAGAGGGGAGAUACCACACGAGAUUGGGAACUGCACGAAACUGCUGGAAUUGCAACUGGGCAGUAACUAUCUGACUGGAAGUAUUCCUCCUGAGAUUGGUCAUAUCAAGAACUUGCAAAUUGCUCUGAAUUUGAGCUCGAAUCAUCUCCGUGGACACUUGCCGGAAGAGCUGGGAAGACUGGACAAGCUGGUUUCUUUGGACGUGUCAAAUAAUCAGCUCAGUGGUAGCAUUCCAACUGCUCUGAAAGGGAUGCUUAGUUUGAUCGAGGUCAAUUUCUCUAACAAUCACUUCACCGGCCCGAUACCCUUGUUUAUACCAUUUCAGAAAAGCCUGAAUUCAAGCUUUCUUGGAAACAAAGGGCUCUGUGGUGAGCCUUUGAGCAUUUCAUGUGGAGGUUUAGACGAUUCUUCGCAUGAUGCUUACCAUCACAAGGUUUCAUACAGGAUCAUAUUAGCUGUUAUUGGUUCGGGUUUGGCUGUAUUUGCAUCUGUGACUGUGGUUGUCUUGCUAUUUAUGAUGAGGGAGAGGCAAGAAAAGGCUGCCAAAGAUGCGGGAAUUACUGAAAAUGACACUAGCGAUGAUCCAGUUAUAUUAGCAGGAAAUGUGUUUGUUGAAAACCUCCGGCAAGCUAUAGACUUCGAGGCCGUUGCCAAAGCAACUCUGAAAGAUUCCAACAAGCUCAGCACUGGAACAUUUAGCACUGUCUACAGAGCAGACAUGCCUUCUGGGAUGAGUUUGUCGGUUAGAAAACUGAAAUCAAUGGACAGAACUAUACUUAAUCACCAGGGCAAGAUGAUCAGAGAGGUUGAAAAGCUUAGUAAACUCUGCCAUGAUAAUUUGAUGAGACCAAUUGGAUUUGUUUUGUUUGAAGAUGUUGUGCUAUUGUUGCAUCAGUAUUUUCCAAAUGGGACGUUGUAUCAAUUCCUUCAUGAUUCUACGAAGAAGCCUGAUUACAAACCUGACUGGCCCACAAGACUUGCCAUUGCCGUUGGAGUGGCUGAAGGAUUAGCUUUCCUCCAUCAUGUGGCCAUUAUCCACCUUGAUAUUUCUUCGGGCAAUGUACUUUUAGAUUCUAAUUUUAGUCCUUUGGUCGGCGAAGUUGAAAUUUCAAAGCUUCUUGAUCCAUCCAGAGGGACAGCAAGUAUCAGUGCCGUUGCUGGUUCAUUUGGAUAUAUCCCUCCAGAGUAUGCAUACACCAUGCAAGUUACAGCACCAGGUAACGUCUAUAGCUACGGAGUUGUUUUGCUUGAGAUCCUCACAACUCAACUGCCAGUUGAUGAGGCUUUCGGUGAAGGCAUUGAUUUGGUGAAAUGGGUUCAUACUGCCCCAACCCGAGGAGAAACCCCAGAGCAGAUUCUCGAUGCAAGGCUAAGCACCGUUUCAUUUGCUUGGAGAAAAGAAAUGCUUGCUGCACUGAAGGUAGCAUUACUCUGCACUGAUACCACACCAGCCAAACGACCGAAAAUGAAAAAGGUGGUGGAAAUGCUUCAAGAAAUUACACAAAAUUAGGUAGAGUCGAUUUUCCUCGAGUUCAUUCUCAACCACAGAAAUAGAAGCCCAGAAAAUAUUCUAAGUACAGUCCUCACGGGCCGAUGCAUGAUUUCUGUGACAUGCAUGGGGUCGUCGCGUUACCCUCAUGUAUCAAGAAGUUGUCGUAAAUUUCAGUACUUUUGGAUGGGAAAGACCUACCUACUAGGUGAAGGAAAAGUGCAGCAAAGAGCGUUCUUCCUGAAUUGAGCACUGUAUUUCUGGCUUGUUAUUGGCCUUAAAUCAUAUAAAUGGUAUAUGGCUCAACAUUUGUAUGAGAAGUUGCAUCUAUAUGGAAAAUGCUCUUGAAGGUGUA